AAAAUGAAUCACAUUCACUGUUCACAUUGAUGAUAGAGUUCGAUUCAUUAUGAUUAUGGUUUGUUGAAUGUAGAUUGUAGUUAGUUGUAGGCCUACUGCCUACUAAUAUUACUACGACUUAUUAUAAUAGUAGUAGGCCUGAUAAUAAUAAUAAUAGUACAAUAGUAGUAAUUAGUAGCCAUUUCAAUUUAGUUUAGUAUUCACCAUCUGUAAAGUCAUUAGGCUGUGUAAAGUUAUAAAUAAUAAUACACUAGACUAGUGUUUCUCAAACUGGGGUCUGCGGAGCGUUUUCAGGGGGACAAUGAUGGGGUCACUUAAACUUAAAUACGAAUUUUGGGCUAUUUUCGUUUUUUUCCGCUGGUUGCUAUUUCCUGUGGAGGAAUCAAAAUUAGUUCCCACGAGACUUGGUAAUGUGGUAUAGUAUAUUCACUAAAUUUUCACUUCAACUUUUUGUGAUCCAGCUUGAGGAAAUGAUGGAUGAGAAUGUCACCAAGGUCUGACAAGCAACUGGAAGAUGAUUUUUUUUUGUUUUGUUCUCUCAGCAGCAGAACAACUGCAAAAUAAAUAUUUGAUAAAGUGGACAAAUUCUUUGAGGCACAUAGUAUCAGAUGGGAAUAUGUCAUCAGUCAUUGGCAUUUGUACUGACGGCGCUCCAAGCUUGAAUUAAUGCCAUUUUAGUUUUCAAACUUGUUAAGCGAAAAUCCCCAAAAAUUAUUGGUACUGGUAUCUACAAACUGCACAAAGUUAGUAAAGAAGAAAUUGCCACAAUUCCACAGCUAAACACAUAUGUUGAUGAAAAUGAGCUUUAAGUCCACGACAAUAUCUUUGAUGUGAUGAAACAUCAUGUAUCAAUCCUUAUUGAGGAAAUUUCUCAUUAUUUUCAUGAUCUAUUCUAUAGCCUACCAAUUUGAAAAAUACUAUGGCUUUAUCAACAAACCCUUUGUAUGCUUCUUUAGUGAUCUCCCUUUGGAGGACAAUUUAAUUCAAGAUUAUUGAUUUGAUAAGUGAUUGGGCUGAAAAAAAUGUUUUCCUUGAAAUGUGUUGUAGUGAUUUUUGGAUUGAAAUGUCGCAUCCCUAUCCCAGUGUUGUAAAGAUGGCUCUAAGGUUGUUGAUUCCAUUUGUAACCACAGCUUUUUCCAAACUACUUGAUAUCAAAACAAAACCCAGAAACAGAUUGGACGUAAACAAUAACAAAAGAGUUACAGGGGCCAAAACAAUACCAAACCAAGAAAAACUGGUCAAGACAAUGCAGAUGCAUCAAUACCUUUAAAUUUACAUUUGAUGACUAAGUUCUGCUAUUUUCUGAACAAACAAUUGUUUGUCAAAAAUGUUUUGGUAACAGUACCCUAUAUGUAUAUGUUAAUUGCAGUUAAUUGAAAAGGGAGCUUCACUGAAGAAACCAUAAAAAUAAAUUUGAGAACCACUACUUGAGAGUAUUACUAACUUAAUAUUAACUAUCGGUACCUUAAACACUAUUUAAGUCUAAAGCAGCUUUUCCCAAAUGAUGGAUUGAUGAUCGUGACCUGGCAAAAUACGGGGUCUAGGCAGGGUUUCUUUCAGGCAUAUCUCAGGGGGGCACCGCCACCCUGGGGAAAGUCCAUUCCCCUCUCCCCCCCCCCUCCGAGCAAAAUGUGUAAAACAAUAUAAAUAUUAGUUUUUUAAAAUUAAAAACUACUAAAUUUUCUUUUUUAAAUUAUUUUUAAAAAUAUUAAUAUCUGGUGCCUUUUACCGAUUACAAUAAGUGGAAUAUAUGAAAUAUCGAAACGCUCGAUAUAUUUGAAUAUUAGUAUAUUUAAGUCUAAUCUUGUUAAAGGCGUAUAGUAUUCUAUUAUAAAUAUCCCACUGGCUGCUCCUGAUUAUAAAUCGAAGUUUUACUUCCCGCAGUUCGUAUAUAUCAGUAUUUUAAUUCAUUUAUUUUUGGCAACAUCACAAGUUUAAUGAUUAAAAUAGCACUGUAUUUAAUUACCUUUACAUCAAUAGCAAGGUAUACAAUUUUAAUAAUAGUUCUUGCUAAGUAUCAAACAUGGGCAAUCUAUAAUUUUCAAAUCAUGUUUCAUCAUAAAAGCAUGACUUUUACAGUAGAGAUAGGUGUUUAUUAUACAUUGUAUGAUGGCGUUAUUCUUAAAAAAAUAUUUUUAUUUGCUUGACUUUAAAUUAGUCGACGCCAUGUGUGUUGAGUUAUACAAAACCGAAACUUUAAAAAAAAAAUUAAACAAUUUUUUUUUAAAAAAUUAAGAAUUUAACGGGGGCAACAAAAAGUGCAAAAUUUCAUCCACUAUUGAAAGCUUUUGUGUUUUCUUUUAAAGUGCUACUUUUGAAACAAUGUUUCCUGAAUAACAGAGGUUAAAAAAAAUCGUAUCCGAAAAUUUGUUUGAAAGAAAUUUCGUCGAACGUAAGUUUGGUCUAAUCUUUUUUUUCAGUUCACACGUUAAAAUUUUGCGUAACAUUUCCCUUUGAACGCACUAUUUUCAAAAAGAAAUGCUUUUUAGUGAUGGAAACAUUUUUAUUAUUAUUUAGUGUGUGUUUGUUGAAAAUUCAUUUAUUAAUUAGUUAUGCCCCCAAAAUAUUGUAAAUAACAGCGAUGUUACUAUUUUUAAUAAUAUACAAAUUUAUUUUGCAUAACACUAGCAGGUCAAACACUUUUUCGUUUUGCCAAUACCCCCCCCCCCCCACCCCUUUCUUUUUUUUCCAACCUGCAUUGAAAGAUGAUAAUAAAGAAAAUAUUCACAUCACAUCUUUAAAUCCCUAAAAUAUCCAAGCCACCCUGCAUCGUAGGGGUUGCUGGGCGUACACGAUGGUUCUAAGGUUAAGUGAAACUUACAUUUUUUAACUAAGAUUUCUUCCGUUGCUCUCCAGUUAAGUGUAGAGUGUUGCAAAACUAAGUUCAGAAAUGUGAUAAAAUGCAUUCUUGUAUUUUUAAUUUAGCAAAAAAUUUCUGGAGACUAUUAAGAUUUAAGGGGCGAGAAAAAACUAGGGCUAAAGUAUACCCUUAAGGGUGACUCAACUAGAAUGAAUUUAGUUUACGUCCCACUGGUGCGGAAUUUAAGAUGUCUUUGAUCAGUUUUUUGGCUAAUUUUAGCACUUCUCAAAGUUUGAAAUGCAACCUCAAAAUUGUCUGAAAGAAACAACAAAUUCAUGUAUGAGCCAAAAUGCACCACUGCAUUUUAAGUUUGCCCGACUGUCUUUAGCACCCUAAAUGUCUGCACCCCCUUCACUCACGCUGAUCAAUGGUACAGUAUGGGGUUCAUUAAUAGCUUGUGACAAAUGCUUACUUUGGGGCACGCCACAAACAGAGUGAAUCCAGUUCAUGUAUGGCACUGGGCGCCAUAAUGCCUUCAACAAAACCUUAAAAAUGUCUUUCCCCAUUCAAAAAGUAUAAUAGAAACAUUGAAUUCAAGUAUACUCAAAAAUACACCUCUUGAUUUUGAAAUAAUCAAAAAUUUUCUGUGGAGCAGGCUCCCCAGACCACUUCACCAAUCAAGUUUCAUCAGCGCCCUCAACUUCCGCCAUACUUCCCGAUGAAAAUGAUCGCCGAUUUCAUUAUCGAUUGAUACCCUGCCUAGUGGCACAGCUACUCCGCAGUUGUCAGAAAAUGCCACACCUGCAUACAGGGCCGUUCUUCCUCCUCAUCCUCAUGUCCCUUAGUUCUUGGACCGUUGGGGCGCCACAGAUGACAUGUGAACCAUCCUCUUCAUUCCUCUCUGUCUUCAGCACUAGGCACUGCAUCACUCAGUGUUAGUCCUGUCCACUCUUUGAUGUUAUCCUCCCUUCUUUUUCUUUGUCUUCCUCUUCUUUUCCCUCCUCUUGUGGUGCCCUGCUCUUGUGGUGCCCUGCUCUUGUGGUUCUUAGGCAUAGGCAAAGUAGGUGACUUCCUAGGGCCCCACUGCCAAGGGGGUUCCGCCAUGCGCUUUUUUUUUUAAGCCUAAAACUUGCGAAUCUAUAUUAUUAUAUUUCAGAAAUACACAUUUUCUCUAGUAGCGGAAUUAUCAAUAUGGUUAGUGGUUACACGCGAGCAAAGAGGAUACAGUAAUGAAGGCAAAGGGGUGGUGCAGCAGUGGUGGGUGAUGUUUUCUCCUCGGCUCCUGGGGAGCUUUGCCCCCAGACUCCCUUUCCAGGGCCCCCUACAUGCGCCCCAUGCAUAGGGCCCCCAUAAUCCUUAGAACGGCUCUGCUGCAUAUAAAUAGAAAGUGACACCUGGUUGGGCACCUCAUGCGCCCUAUUUUGACGAUACUAGCAGGGGCGUAUCUACAGCGUCCGGAGGCAAGAUUAAUUUUUAUGCGCCCCCUCCCCCCCCCCAUCACCUCAGUGUUUCAAAUGAUAUAUAAAAAAAUCAUUUAUACAUUUAUAGGUGUUGAUUAAAACAUUUUUGUUGAAAAUGGAAUAGGAAAUAAACACAGGCUAGGAGAAAACGUGGAAGACAACAAAAAAAUCUCAGCAAAAACCUUAUUCAGCAUACCAAAUAUUAGUAAAAAUAAAGAUAUUAAAAAAACAAAAAAAAACAACUUACAGUUAUAGUACAGGUAUUGUAUACUAGAGCUAUGUGUGACCUAGUCUAAAAGUGAAAAUGAGUAAUUGGCAAGGCUGCCAGAGGGAGCACAGUCUCAACAGGUGAAGGCUGAAGCUAAAACAAAACACAAGGAUUGCCGGUAUCAUAAAAGUAAAUCAGGCAUUUGAAAUGUUACAUCCAUAUGGAUCAAACAAUCUGAGCACCAACAUCAGGACAAAAUCAUAUGUGUUUUCCUUAAUGAUCAGCACUUUAGAAGGGAAGAUGGCCAUUAUCUGACAAAAAGCCUAUUAAGGUAAUAUAGAAUCUUCUGACUCAAGAAAAUCUUAAGUGAUAAACUGGGACAACCAGGCACAGUCUGGAGGUAGCUGGGUAUGUGUGUAAAAUGCAACUAAACUCACUAAGAUAGAAAACUUGGGGGAGGGGGGGGGAUGAAACCGGAGAUGACCUAAAGACAUGGGGAUUAGAAACUAAAAAUAUGUUUUUGUUAUUAGAAUCUACUACAAAGGAAAGAAAAUUCGUAGCCUCUGAUACAGUGGUUCUUAACCUUUUUGGAGGUACCGAAUCCCACCAGUUUCAUAUGCGCAUUCACCGAACCCUUUUUAAUAGGAAAAAUAAAAUAUGAUUAUUUUUUUUUUUUUUUUUUUGGACCUCCGCCGAACCCCUGAGACUGACUCACCGAACCCCUGGGGUUCGAUCGAACCCAGGUUAAGAACCACUGCUCUAAUAAUUUUCAAUUUCUAAUAAUAUUUUAUUGUUAUAAUAUUUUAGCCUUAAAUUUAAUUUAUAUUUCAAAUUUCAAUAGCCUAAAUAUAAAGUUAGAAUUGAAGUCAAUAAAAUUUGGGAUAUUUCACUUUAAAAAGACUCUAUGACUGAUUAUAUUUUAACAAAAGUUGGGUUUUUUGUGUUUUUUUUUAACUAAACACCCCCCCCCCUUUUUUCUCUUUAUUUAUUUCAAGGUUUGCAUCUAAAUUUUUGUUGUAACUAGUGUUAAGCCAUCACAGCCACUGGCGGCUCAAGAUGGUUGCUGGCGCUGGCUUUAAAUAUAAAGUUAGAAUUGAAGUCAAUAAAAUUUGGGAUAUUUCACUUUAAAAAGACUCUAUGACUGAUUAUAUUUUUACAAAAGUUGGGUUUUUUGUGUUUUUUUUUAACUAAACACCCCCCCCCCCUUUUUUCUCUUUAUUUAUUUCAAGGUUUGCAUCUAAAUGUUUGUUGUAACUAGUGUUAAGCCAUCACAGCCAAUGGCGGCUCAAGAUGGUUGCUGGCGCUGGCUAAUAGUUUUGGCUGCAUUUUUUACCCAGUUCAUUGUGUGUGGCAUCACAUAUAGCUUGGGAGUGUUCCAUGUCAUUUUUAAAGAUAUUUUUUAUGAAAGUCAUUUUGACACAAGCUGGAUCGGAUCAAUUCUUCUCUAUGUAACAGCAUUAUCAAGUAAGUGAUGAACACAUUGAUAUUGAUACACUAUAUGGAAUUUAACUUUUUUACACAGUAUUUAAAAGUUGUAAAGUCUGCCUUAGAUUUGUAAAAAUGUACUUUGUUUAUAACAUCAUUUAGUGAAAAUCUGAUUUGUAACAGGGUCUGACAUGAGGAUGGACUGGUUUUUAAGAUAAUGAAAAUGAGCCAUAAGUUAUUUUAACUGGGAAAUCCCCCAUGUGGUAAAAUUUUAUGCUGCUUUAUUUACAAUGUGGAAUUCUUGUAAAAUGUUAUUCAUAUUCUAUUUCUAUAGUCUUUUCAGUUUUCCACUGAGCUUGCAACAAAUCAAGUCCUUUUGUUAGAAAAUAUUUUGAAAGAGGACAUAUUUGUUUGGAAUACUGUUACCAUACAUAAAAUAAUAUUUUUAUAAUAGUAAGUGGUGGCCCAAAAAGCUAUCAGAUGAUACAUGAUAGGUCACUCAGACUCCUUGAGGUGAUGGUGGAAUGAAAAUAUAUGGCUUUUUGGUGUAAUAUAUGGAUGGCCCCUAAAUAUAAUAAAUUCAAAAUCUUAAUCUCUAGGUAUAAUGUUCCGCUUCAUUACAAGCCACUGGGGCUGCCGUGUGAGUGUAAUGCUAGGUGGGCUUCUGGCCUCCGCAGGACUUGGGCUCUGUAUGCUGGCACAAGAGAUGUAUCAGCUUUAUCUUUGCUUUGGAUUAUUAACAGGUAUGGCUACAUAUAAAUAUAUAUAUAUAUAAAUACAUUGUUUUAAAUAUGAGGUGGCCGAGACUCUUACUUUGAUUUCGGAAGUGGGGGCAGAAAUAGGAGUCUUUAGGGGCUCAUUGAGUGCCUCCCGAGCAAAUUGUAAAAAAAAAAUUGAAAUCCAGGGAUGCACUGAUUUAAAUUUUUCUAUAUUCUACACUUAAUUUGAGAGCAACAUAAGAGAUGGCUAGUGAAAAUUCAGUGUCACUAUUUUACUUAUUUUCCAACCACUCUCCUGCUUGUAUUCAGCAGUCACAUGAAAAUAUGAGUUUACACUGUUGCUUCAUUCUCCAUCCAUUCCAAUUCAGAUUUAAAUUAUUUUUGCAUAUUUUUUUAACAUAUUUUUCAAGUAGUUGAAUCAAUUCUGAUGGUGUUACUUGAACAAAUGUAACAAAAAAACUAAAAAUAAUCCAAGGCUAAUUUAAUUUUUAAAUUUUUUAAAAACUAUAUACAAUAACUAAAAAAGACUACACUACUUAUAAUGAAGUAAUAUGUUUCAAAUCAAGGUAAAUUAAUUUUUUUAUGACAUUCAAAUAAUUGGCCUUAACUUAAUAGUGCUUUUUGAGUUGCUACAAUUAUAACUGAAAAAAAACAACAGCCAAUACUUGAAAAGGCCCCAUUUUUGCAAAAAUUAUUGAAGAAGGACGUGACUGCUCCCACUGUCUACAAUUCACUGUUGCAUCCCUUAUAUCAUGUUUUGAUUAUUUAGUUGUGUGUGUAUGAAUUAUGCUGCAGUAUAAUUAUGUUUAAUGUGUGAAGUUGUCUAUAUUAUUGCAUCAGGUAAAGGAGCAGUUUUUAAUAUUUAUUAUUAGCAGCUAUCAUUCUUGUCAAAUAAUUUUUUUGCUUUAACUUUUAAUUUAAAACAGGGAUUGGCUUUGGACUCGCUUGCUCUCCAUCAAUUGUGGCUGUUGAGAGAUAUUUCAUCCACGGCAGAUUUCAAGCUCUAAGCAUUGUUGUAGCGGGCAUUGGAUCAGGCAUAAUCACAUUUCCCAUCCUCAUACGACAUCUGCUGGUACAUUUUGCAUGGAGAGGGACCAUGCUUAUUCUUUCAGGAAUUGCACUUAAUUUAUGUGUGUGUGGAAUGGUUUUGAAACCGUUGAAAUUUGAGAAAGAGAUCAAAUUGAUGCCCAUGCUGUCGUGUUUUGUAUUAAGACACCCAUUAUUUCAUGGGAUGUGCUUUGCUAACUUGUUCUGGAGCUUCGGGUCAACCGUAAUUUACAUGUACUUGCCGUCGUAUGCAAUGGCCAGAGGUUCGUCGUUCGAAGCAGCAGUUUUCCUUGUGUCAUGUGUCGGAAUGUCCAGUUUUGCAAGCCGAAUGAUAUUUGCCUUCAUGGGGCCCAAUAGCACUUUAGAUGAUGUCACUUCAGCUUUGUGUCCCAUUGGUCUUGGCAUAGUGAUCACUGGGAUCUCACCUCUUCUUUUUGAGGACUACACUGGCCAGAUAGGCUACACUCUACUUUUUGGCUUCUACAGUGGCUUUUGGACUACAUUUUUAUCUCAAGCUUCACGUGAGCUUUUAGGCCCGGAAUACAUAGCGAUGGGCAAUGGUUACUUAUCUUUCAUGAUUGCACUGGGAGCAUUAACUGGUGGACCACUAACUGGUAAGUUGUUUGAAGUUCACCAAACAUACUAAAUGAACCACACACUGGUACCGUACCAUGAUGCUCCCCUAACAUUUAUAUGAACCACACACUGGUACCGUACCAUGAUGCUACCCUAACAUUUAGAUGAACCUCACACUGGUACCGUACCAUGAUGCUACCCUAACAUUUAUAUGAACCACAAACUGGUACCGUACCAUGAUGCUCCCCUAACAUUUAUAUGAACCACACACUGGUACCGUACCAUGAUGCUACCCUAACAUUUAUAUGAACCACACACUGGUACCGUACCAUGAUGCUUCCCUAACAUUUAUAUGAACCACACACUGGUACCGUACCAUGAUGCUCCCCUAACAUUUAUAUGAACCACACACUGGUACCGUACCAUGAUGCUACCCUAACAUUUAUAUGAACCACACACUGGUACCGUACCAUGAUGCUCACUUAACAUUUAUACGAACCACACACUGGUACCGUACCAUGAUGUUCACCUAACAUUUAUAGGAAUCACACAUUGGUAGCAUUUAACUAUCAGAAUUAACUGUAAUCUGCAGAUCUUUUUCUUUUAGUUACUGGGGUAAUUGAAAAAUACAUACAUUUUUUAAAAAUUCUUUGUUUUUGCAGGUUUACUGUUACAGCAUGAAAAUGAUUUCAAGUAUGCAUUCUAUCUGGCUGGUAAGGAAAGUGGAUUAUUCUUUUGUGUCUUAUAGACCAGAUCAUUUUCAUUAUUUUUGGAGUUCUUAAAUGUUUAUGAAUUAUAAAAAAAAAAAGUCAAGACUAAUGCAUCGAGAUAUAAAUUGACUAUAAAAUGAAGCAGUUCUCUGAUUUUUUAAAAAUCCUCAAUUUUUUGCAUUUGUACUUAUAAUCAAACUGUAAUAAUAGUAUAAAUUAAAGAAAGCUAAUGUAUUUUAAGUUUUCUUAUGCCUUCAAAUAUGGUAAACAAUAUAAACAAUGUCAUCUGCGGUUAAAAAGAAAAAAAAACAUUUAAAAAAAAUAUUUCUUUAUUUCCUAAAAGUUAUCUUAUUCACCAAACAACUGAAUUCCUUAAAAAAAAGUAAAAUGGUCCUUUCAGUAGAUGGUUUAAAAAUGAUACAUAACAUUCAAUAACAUUUUGUUAUCAUUUUACAAGUGAAUUAGAAAACGAAUAAAAUAAUCAAAGAUUAUAAAGAUUAUAAGUAUCCCAUAUCUAAUCCAUCCUGUAGGUGCUUGCUUGCUCUGGAGCUCAGUGGUUAUGGUCCUGUUCAAAUUGAAGAGAUGUACAGCUCGCUUGGAUUCAGCCUCGUAUACAGAUGAUAACACUGACUCUCUCAAGGGAGCGAAAGCUAAAGAACUUAAGGUCCCCUUAAUUUUGGAAGAUAUGCAGCUAUCAAAAGAUGGAAAAAUUUCUCUUUCUCAAAGAGAUAUUGUUGUGUGAGUAUCAAAUAACACUAUAUUGUUGUUUGAGUAUCUAAUAACACUAUAUUGUUGUGUGAGUAUCUAAUAAUACUAUAAUGUUGUGUGAGGAUAUAUCUAAUUACGCUCUUUCUGAAGUGUUUAAAUCCACUAUAAAGACCCUUUCUAAUAUUAAAUCCAUAAAAUAAUGUGCAUUCCCCUCGUCUGGCUAGAUGUUAGGCAGAACAACACAUUUCAUCCAGAUUGCACAUUUAGUAUAUGUUACAACCUUUAUAGCCACAUGCGGCAUUUACAUGAUGAACCAAGCAAGUACAGAAAUAAUUUUUGUGUGCGAUAUUAACAAAAAAAAACUUGUGUCAAUAAAGAGCACCAUUUUUCAUUUAUGACAAUUUUUUCACUUGUUUUCCCAUGACGGCAUAGAAACCAAAAUUUAACAUACUUAAACAACCUGUAAAUAUGUUUCACUUUAAAUGAAAAUUUGCAGGAAUUAUUUUCUUGUCCAAUAGAACAAACUCAGAAGAGGGUCAGGUCAGACCAUGCAAUUUUAAAAUUUCAAAAAACUUGGACCACCCUUUUUAGAAUGGACAGUUUUAUAAACGUUAUUGAAGUUAGAAAGGUCACUUUCUUAGUUCUGUACUUUAAUUUUUUUCAUAUAAUAAAUUAAUGCAUUUCAAUUAUUUAAAUUAUUGCAAGUUUUAUCUUACAUUGUUGACUCUUAAGGCCUAAUUAGGACAUUGAAACUCAGUCAUCCUGAGGGCAACAUAGAGACCUUUUUAACUAUUCCACUAAAAGGACAGGGGGCAUUAAAUAUUUUUUCUUGGGGCAUGAGGCUAGAACGGUGGAAAUAUUAUUUUUUUAAAAACUGUUUAAAAUUAAAAUGGGGAAGCAUAAAGCAUUAAUCAUUGAGAUUCUUGAAAAACAUAGGUGUUUAAAAAAAAAAAAAAAGUUUUUACUCUAACUAUAUAGAACGCUUUGUUGUUACUGGUCAUUAAAAACAGAGACCAACUUCUGCAAUAUUUGAUCACAGAACGUCCAACCAGUGUUUCUUUCAGAAAUUUUCCCCAGGGGGUGCACUUCAGAUUUUGGGGGGGUGGGGGCACUUUGGAUUUUUCAGGGGUGGGGGGGGGGACAGUGCCAGCAGUGCCAGUUGAUUUAUUGUUGGAAAUAUUUUCGCUCGGGGGAGGGGGGUGCUUGGCUUUACUGGGGGGGGGGGGUCACUGCCCCCCCCCCCGGCCGAGAUAUAGCUGAAAGAAACCCUGCAUCUAACCCAGAUUGCAUAAAAUUUUAAACUUAUAUAAACUUUCCUGACCUUUUUCUUUUGAUUUUUACAUCAAAAUGAUACACUUUUAAAUUAUUAUUUUUUUUGGGUCUCUCCUACAUUUAAUUUUAACCCAUGAAACUCUCUAUGUUUCACUGUUUCAAUGUUGUUGACUUCAGUUUGAAACAGCGACACUUUGCCUUUCACUUCCAGAUUUUAUUGUAAUGUCGGUGUAUCUAUAAUUCCUAUUUCACAGAGACAAUGUCAUCACAUGUGUAUGACAGCCCAUCACCGGGGGUGCUACACAAGGGCUGACAAGAACAACUCAACCAUGAUUCAGUAUUCAUUAUUUAAAUUUAAAUAGAACUGAGUUCUUUGCGUGUCAAAAUUUAUUAGUUCAAAUUUUUUUAGAAUGUUUUUUUUAAAAAAAACAUGUUAAAAAGCAUAAAAAUUUUACACAGAUGAACUAUAAUAAUAGAAUGGUUAUUUCUUCUUCAGAUGAACAAAAUCUUAAGCUGGCAAGUUUUGUUGUUGUAAAGGUAUUUUGUAUUUAUAUAAAGAAAUAAUUUCCCUUACUAUACCGUUACAACAAGAGAUACAUGUCACAGCCAGGGAUAAAUGUCAUGACAAGAGAUACAUGUCAUAGGGAUACAUGUUAUGACAAGAGAUACAUGUCAUAGUCAGGGAUACAUGUUAUGACAAGAGAUACAUGUCAUAGUCAUGGAUACAUGUCAUUACAAGAGAUACAUGUCAUAGUCAGGGAUACAUGUUAUGACAAGAGAUACAUGUCAUAGUCAUGGAUACAUGUCACUAGGGGUGUGCCGGAUCCGUUUUUUCCAACCGGAUCCGGAUUUUCUUAUGCGAAAUCCGCCGGAUCCGGAUUCCGGUUUCUCCCGGAUUCCGGAUUUUGGUACUAUUGGUAGAUACUUCGGUAAGUCAAGGUGGACUACUACUUUUUGUGUAUGGGAAUUCGCAAUCGGCGCCAAAAAAUCCGAGUUUUUAAUUUUCCGAUGUGUGUGUCUAUUUAUUAUUAAAUUAGUACUUUCGAUAUAUAUUUGAGUUCCGUUCCAUUUGGAUAAGUGUCUUACGAGAGACGCCAUGUUUCUACGCGUUCGCAGCAGGUUAUGCAGCUCGCUCAACCUAAUUUCGCCAUGGGGUUGGCCACGCCCCCCUUUUUAAUGGCGGAAGUUGACGAUACUUAGGAAAUAUUAAUUUAUUAUCACUAUUUACAUCAAAAUAAUUGAUAACUUGUGUUUCAGAAUGCAUUUAAAGACAUUUAAACUGGAAUGUUUUAAUUUGAGCUUUAACAACCCGGUAGAAUCCAUAUUAUAAAUGAUCAGAAUUUACCGUGUGCAACACGUUGUCAUUGGCAACCAUUCACAGCCACUUGCAUAACUGUAUCGUAGUACUACCUCAGAGUUUCAUUCAUAAGAGUUUGCCGUGUGCAAAAACUAUUAAACCAUUGGUCAGGGAAAGCUUUAAUUAAUUAUUCAUGUGCCAAAGUUGAAAGUUUAAACUAAGUCUAAACAGUAUUUUAGUGAUAAGGCAGGGAAUGCGUUGCCUUAUAUAAACUAUAUAGUCAUUGCGCAUGACGGGAUUGGUGGAAUGAGAUCACAGAAUGUGGAGAUGCAGUCCAUGUUAAAAAAUGACAAACCAAGUCGUACUUUAAAAAUUCAUAACUUUAAAACUACAACAGCUAAAAAUAUGAUUUUGGUGUUAUAAUUCUUUAAAAAAUUACAUCUUUUCAACUAUGCCAUUGGUUUAUUUUUACAAAAAGUUUAAAUUUUCUUAUCAAAGUCCCUACACUAUUGGCCACUAUUAGCGGUGCUGACUCUAGCCUCUGGUAUGUACGGAAUAUUAAACAUUAAACAAGCUCAACGCUCGAAACAAUCGAUUAAUGUAUCGUGAUCGUGUGAAAUUCGGGAAAGAGAAUUACUUUUAUUUCAGAUUAUGAUCCGGUGAGUCACAAAAUCUGGCAAAUUCCGAAAUCCGGUAUAUUCCGGAUUCCGGAAUCCGGUUGUUCCGGAUACAUGUAAAUCCGGCGGAACCGGAUUUCACCGGAUAGUGCAAAAUCCGGCACACCCCUACAUGUCACUACAUGAGAUACAUGUCAUAGUCAUUGAUGCAUGUCAUAGUCAUAUAAAGGUGUACUUAAAGGUGUCAUUGAUGCAUGUUAUGACAAGAGAUACAUGUCAUAGCCAGGGACACAUGUAUCAGCCUGAAAUAAGUUGUUAUGAUUGCAUGCAGUAGGAUGUCAAAUUUUGAAAAAAAUAAUUUAAAUUAAAACUAGGGUAAACUGAACCAAAAUUUUACUUGGUUCUUACAUUGCAAUACUCGUAUAUUUUAUUAUAUUGAUGCUCAUAUUAUAUCAUGCCACACAUUGCAGCACAUAUAGAUUCAUUUCCAGAAUUCUUCCCUGUUUUUUUGUUAUAAUUGAUUGUAAAUAAAAAGUUAAUUGCUAACUUUAAAAAAAAAAUUUUAUACAUCUUAUUUUAAGCUUAUUUUCUAAUUAAAUAUGUACAUUAUUGGUAUCGGUAAUGUUUUUUAUUGUGGAAUAGUUGUUCAUGGAUAAACUCAUUAAAAUUUCUAUAGUUCAUAGUGUUUGCUGUUAUGGGGCAUUAUUAAUUAUGUAUUGGAUCACCAGUAAUCUUCACUAUUAAAUUUUCUACUUUCAGUUGUAUGUGACCAAAAUUGUUAAAUUUUUAAAAUAAAUUUUGAAAUGUGGUAACUGAAACACAAUUAGCUAUUAAGAAUAAAGAAAAAAACUCACUUAAAAAAGAAAGAUAUUAAUGAAUUACAAUGAAUAAAAUAGGAUCAUUAUUUUUAUAGUAGGUAAUAAUAAUCGCUACAAAAAAAUAAUGGCAUUCUGACGAUGAAAGAAGUUAAUGCUUUGAAUUUGAUACAGAAGGUUAACUCGCCAUAUUCCAUUCACAUUUGUUUAUCACCACCACUUCAUGACUAAUAUCUGUUGCCAAUAUUUCAGUUUGUGUCAUAAAUCUAAACACACACACUAUUACUCAUGUGUUGUAUAUAUUAAUACAAUUGAUUAUCAUUCAUCUAUCUAUUAUCUAGUCACUGUAUUAAAAACUGUCGUGUAAAUUUUUCUUGUCUUAGCUGUAAAUGACUGGCUUGGUGAACACAUUGACCUAAAAAAGGAACCAUUGAGACUCGCUUUGGGUUAUUGCUUUUUUAAGAAACCCACUCACUAUAUGCAUUUGUUUGGAGGCUAAGAUGUCAUAGUAAGGGGCACAACUGUUCAAGUAACUGACACAGUUGUUCAACAGUUUUUUUUCAGUUUUAGAACUCUCAUAAAAAAUUUCUUAUGUAAUAUUUGUAAAGCAAAUACACUUUUCUACCAUGCUGAUCUAGCCUUAACAGUUUUUUGUACAUUUGUGCCUGGUAUUGUCUCAAAUCAAAUAGAUUUGCUUUAACAUACAGGUAAAAAUUAUGUAAAGUUAAGAUGGUCACUUGUGCUCCAUGCUAGUCUCACUAGGAAUUUAUAUAUUUUGAAAAGUUUCAAGAGUUGGCUUACCGGUAUAGAUGUUUGUAAUGCAUUGGUCAUUGAAAUGUUUUAACUUUUCUUUAAUUAUCUACUUCUGCUGUCAAGAUAAACUUUAAAUUUCA